UUCGAGUUGAGACGUAGAGUGGUGCUGGUGCUAGACUAUGCCUUUUGCGUUUUUGGUUAUGUUUAAUGUCUAAUCUUUUAUUAUUAUAAAACGUAUUUAUUUCUCUGAUCCUGAUCUGUGAUAAAAUCUUGUUUCUUACAAGAUGAAUGCUGCCAACAGGAUUUUGUUGUGUUCGGUAAUAAACCCAAGGAUAUUCAAUGUGCUGAAUAAGAAUGUUUUGAAAUCAUCUAUUUGUACAACUUCAGAAACUUUUAGCAAACAUUGGAAUCCAAAGUUCAAGAAGCUUCGUGCAAAAAAGGUAAUUAAAGUAGAGCUACCAGAUUAUGAUAAAGCUUCAAGAUCAGUCAAUGAAUUAUCCAAAGAAGAAAUUCGAUCUAUUAUGAAAGAAAAGGGAAUCUUACCAUCAUCACCUUGGAUGGAACGGCCUUAUUUUAUAAGCACAACAGGCGAAAUUGUGGAACCAUAUGUACCACCUGAAGGUGAUGGAAAAGUAUCAUUCAUUACAAAAGAGGGGGCCAAACAAAAUAUAGAGUUUAUCGGGAAGAAAGGAAAGUCCUUAUUAGCAUUAAGAAAACUUAGAAAGUUUGAUGACGAUUUUGAGCUAGACGAUUUCUUGAUAACAGCCCAGGAUGUGUAUAUGAAAGCUCACAAUGCUAUGAUGAAGGUUCGCGAAGAUAAGGAGGAGCUGCAGCUGUAUGUCACGGAAAGAGCCUAUCCUCAAAUGAUUCACAAUGUUGAGGACAAGACCAUUCAUUGGAAGAUGAUUGGGUUGCUGGACCCUCCCCGACUUGUUCAGGCCAGAACUGUGGAAAUUAUCAGCAAAGAUAAUUUAUUCUGUCAACUCACUGUGCGAUUCCAUACCCAACAGACUUUGGCAAUUUACGAUCGCUUUGGUCGACUAUUGUAUGGUAGUGAGAUACUGGCAAAGGAUGUGUUGGAGUAUGUGAUUUUUGAGAAACAUUUGUCCAACAAGUACGGGAGAUGGAGAAUACAUGCCAAGAUCAUACCAGACUGGAUGCCUCCCAAGGAGCCCGCAAGAGCAACUUUUCGUAUUGCGGAGGAUCUUUCCCCUUCCACUACCCAAGUUGCAGUUAAGGGCGAAGUACAAUCUCCCUCACCCUCAUCUCAAGCUGCAGCCUAAUUUUUAAUAGAGUUGUUUUGUAAAUAAAUGUACAUUUUUCUA